GUGAAUUAAAGGCGGAAUCAGUGCGGCAGGUCUCCGGCGAGGACGUGCUCGUCGAAAAUACCCCUCCGUCCUCAUUCUCCGAAGGGUAAUCCUCGAGCGAGAUUUAAGCUCAUCACAUAUCACUUUUCACCUCUUGCUUUCGUGGGCUCUUCUUCGAUCGCUGUGCUCACUCAAAAUUUUGGAUAUUCGUUAAAAUAGUGAAGUUGAAGAGCUAAGAGCGAGCAAGUUAUCAUGGAAAGCGAUAAAGAAGAGCAAAUGGUUUUCUUGGAUCGUACAACCCGAGCAACACGGGGCAAACGAAUGACCAAGCUGCUUGAUGACGAAGUAGAAGAGGAUGAACAAUUUUGGAAUCAAGAAGCUCUGAAAGAGGAAGAACAUGACGAUAACUAUGAAGCAGAAGCAGAAGUUGCUGAUGAGUUUGACAGCGACUUCAAUGACGAUGAGCCUGAACCUGAUGCAGUAGCAGAAAAUGAAAAGGAAGAGAGGGAUAUGCCAAAGAAGCGGCUGAUUUACCCUGGUAAAACCGCUCCAAAGAAAAAGAAGAAGAAGAAGUUAGUUUCGACACUAGAAGAUACUCUUGAAGGUGAGAAACCUGGUGACGAAGUGGGAGACAAGGAACAAGAUGGAAAAGAACAGAAUGAAGCACAAGAAGACAUGGAAAGUGAGAAGGUCAUAAGAAAAUCUACGCGGACUUCAGUGAUUGUACGGCAAGCAGAAAGAGAUGCAUUGCGUGCUGCUAUACAGGCGACAACAAAGCCAAUACAAAGGAAAAAAGUAGGGGAGGAAAAACGGAUGACCCAAGAAGAAAUGCUGCUGGAAGCUGCUCAAACAGAGAUCAUGAACUUGAGGAAUUUAGAACGUGUCUUGGCAAGGGAAGAAGAAGUAAAAAAGAAAGCGAUUGUGCAUAAAGUGGUCUACAAGGGUCCUCAGAUUCGGUAUCUUUCAAAAGAUGGAUGCAACUAUUUAGAAUUCUGUAAUGGUGCAUCGUUCAGUUCAGAGCUUUCGACGAAGUCGGUUCCAUAUCCAGAAAAAGCUGUAUGUGUGAUUACUGGAUUACCUGCCAAGUACCGAGAUCCAAAAACUGGUCUUCCAUAUGCAACUAGAGAAGCCUUUAAAGCGAUACGAGAAAGGUUCAUGGACGAACAGAAUGGUUUGAGAAAGAAAAUGGAGAUGGGAGAUUUGUUUGAUACACUUGUGGUGAAAGGAUUUGCUGUAACACAAAAGCGAACAAAGAUUCCCAAGAAAGACAAAUCAUUUUCCCACAUAAACUCAGCUCGUUUCUGUAGAUUCGAGUCUCCAGAAGAGAGUGAAGAAGAUUCAGAUUCAGAUUAAUAAGAGAAAUUUUGAUCUUCUAAAUCGAGAGAGAAAGUGUAAUCUUCUAAAUUUUGUUUUUCCUUGCAAAUCCAUGUAAUGUACAUUGGAUAAAUAUUUUUUUGUUUAAUAUUACUUCGAUUCAGUCAA